AUGGGCUGCGGCGCGACAAAGGAGGCGACGAGCGGGCCGCUGCCAACUCUACUGAGUGACGGUACAGGGAGCCUGCCGCCGAAGUUGGACGGCUUCUCCCCCACCGUGCCUGCCGAGGCUCCGAUGCGGAUGCCGGGGAAGGAGAAGUACAUUAUAGAGUCGGGCGCUGUCGCCAUGGAUGACCGCCAGAGGGGCAGCGCGGUGUCGACCGGAACGCUGCUGCUCUUCUGUGCGCCAAACACAGGGGACUUCACCAUUGCGUACCGCGAUGAGAAGAACGGCGCUGUGUUUGCGCGGCGCUUCACUAACAAUGAACUGCUGGCGUCAAAGGAGGCCGCCGGCAUACCGUUUCCGUGGGGCCCAUUCUUCAAGUCACUCGCAUCAGAUGUGCUAAAGAACAAGGCAACUGUGCGAGCUUCCACGUACGAUACGAGAGAAGUUCAAUUCACUGUUGUCAAUAGCAAGCAACCAGGUGUAAAAUACGUGUAUCUUUGCCCUCUUGAUCGGGUCUCAGGAUCAGGACACUCUCCAAACCGCGGUGUGGUAUUUGAGUACUUCUUAGAACCGAUGAUACGCAUGAUGCGGAUCAGCCAAUGCGCCGCUGAUAUGAAAAACCGCGUUUCUCAUUUGAAAAAGUUGGAGUGCGACUACGUUGUAAAGUUGGCGAGUGCACGAAAGUGCAAAGAGAAGGCCCAAGAGCUUCUUGUCAUUCUUCGACCAUUGCGGGAGGAAUCAGCCAUUACAGCACAAAAUACAAUAAAGCUUGCCCUCGAGGUCAAGGCCCUCGAACGGCAGCUCCAUAUGCUGAGUGAAGGACAAAUACACAAGCAUCCAUUAGAUGCGCUAUACGAGAAUGGUGGAGCGCAGUACUUCCAGCACGUUCCUCAGGCAGAGGAGCACUACCCUGUUGAAGAGAAUGUGGAUCAAGCCCUCUUGGCGUGCAUCCGUGCCGCAUUCCCUCUUACCCCUGGGAGCAAAAUUGAUAGUAUUAUCACCGUCCUAGACUUCCCCGAGUUGCAGCCUCUCCUAGCGACCACCUCACGCCAAAUGGUGAGAGACGUGUUUGAGAUCUUCCGGGGCGUGGACCGAUGGGAUUACGACACAAUACAACUAGAUAUUAUAACGAAUGGCAACGCGCUGUUCUAUACAACUUAUAUGUUGCUUUAUAAGAUGGAUCUUGUGGCGCAUUUCCACCUCGCUGAUGCGGUGUUGCAGCGUUUUCUCAUUGGUGUUCAGGCGGGCUACCAUCCUAACCCGUAUCAUAACGCCAUGCACGCUGCAGACGUCACUCAAAUCAAUUACUACAUCAUGGUUGUGGCGGGACUGAAGGAGAAGUGCCAACUAAGCAAAGAGGAGCUUCUAGCGGGUCUACUCGCUGGGGCAAUUCACGACUUUGACCAUCCAGGUCUCAACAACAAUUUUCACACCAAAACGAAUGCGUAUCUGAGCACACUGUACAAUGACCGAUCUAUCCUUGAAAACCAUCAUAUUGCCUGCGUUUUCGAAAUGAUUAGAAACCCGCGGUACAACAUCUUCGCGCCGCUUAGCAGUGAGCAACUGCUUGCUGUUCGGGAGACAAUGAUCGAGAUGGUGCUAGCCACGGACAUGGGGAACCACGGCCGUAUCUUCAAAAACUUCCAAGUACGUAUGGCAGAGACAACAGAUUGGUUUAGCAACAAGGAAGACGUUCGCUUGGCGCUCUCGAUGAGCAUCAAAAUGGCUGAUAUCUCAAACUGCGCACGCCCUCACUACAUUUACGCGGAGUGGGCGAGGAAUAUCGCCAAUGAGUUUUACAACCAGGGUGAUGCGGAGGUGGCAUGCAAUCUCACUGUUUCCCCCUUCAUGGACCGCCGAAAAGAAAUAGUAGAUUUUCCAAAGGGUCAAAUUUCCUUUAUGAUGUAUAUAGUUAUUCCCAUGGUUGAGGCACUCUCCGAGUUCCUUCCAUCUUUACGUUUCGCGCUGCAAUAUUGCAGCGACAACAAGGAGGCAUGGCAGAGCUACCAGGAAGAGCACGGCGGAAGCGUUUAA